AUGGCCUACCUGGCAGCCAUGUUGCAUGAUGUGGGGCUAACGUCGGAGGCGUUUGCGCUGACUUGGAUGUCGUUCGAGUUCCAGGGUAGCAUCUUGGCCCGGGAGUUUCUGUUGAAGGAGGGCGUGUCGCCACGUGUGAGUGACACGGUGGCAGAGGCCAUCUUCAGGCAUAGAGAUCGGAUACAAUUGGACGGAGGUGCCACGUGUGGACAUUCGCCCGAGGGUGUUUUGCUUAUCUUAGGGACCCAUUUGGAUGUCUACGGGGCAUUUGCGCCUCUCAUACAUGUGGACACUAUUGAUGACAUGGUCGUUAGGUUUCCUAGAGCUGCAUUUGGUAAUGUAUUUGCUGAUUUAGUGGAGGAAGAGGUGAAGGUGAAGGUGAAGGUGAAGGUGUUUCCGCUACGGUAG